UAGUCGUGCACUGCAAAUUCCGAAACAUCAUUUACCAAAAGUGCUUCGAAUGAUUCGGACGCGUUUCUGAAUUGUGAACUAACUAUGUGCAUAGAGAUCAAGUUUUGAGCCCCAGUACGAAACUAUUGAUUAACACGAAACGCUAAAAUGCAAGAGAUCAAAGAUUUGGAUGUUCUGCUGAAGCCAUGCCUGGGCUCCAAGAAAAUAUCCUCGUACACCACGAGGAAUUUGAUCGCCGCUGGUGAGAAUUAUGGAAGCAUCAUGUUGGCUGUCGACGUUAAGAUAAGGAAAGAUAAUCAAGAUGAGAACGAGGAUGAAACCGUGAAUUUGGUAGCAAAACUCUGUCCACCAACGGAGUUUAUUAAGAAGAUGUUCAACAUUCCGAUUACGUACAAGAAGGAAGUGGGCUUCUAUAGCACGGUAAUCCCUACGUUGCAGCAAUUCCAAAUCGAAAGGGGAAUCAAGAAACCGAUCGACUUCUUCCCGAAAUACUUUGGGUCGAGGAUCAAUUUGAACGGAUUCUCCGAAGUCGACGACGACGCUUGCCUUCUCCUCGAGAACAUCAAAGUCAAGGGAUUCGAUAUUGUGGACAGGCUCCAGGGCUUCGACAUCCAAAGCGCCGAGUACAUUAUCAAAGAUCUGGCAACGUUCCAUGCGGUUCCCAUCGCUUUGAAGAUGAUCAAACCGGACGUCUUUGCGAAGAAAGUAUUGCCGUAUCUAGGUAAGCACAUGGAGGCGGACACCAUCAGCGAGGAAAUGAAUCAGAGCAUGAUGAAGUCCAUCAUCGAAGGCACUGAAAAGAACAACGAAUGCGCCAAAUACAAGUCGCGCGUUUUGGCUGCGAUGAAGAGGAACUCCGAGAACUUCGUCAAUCAGACGAUCACGGUCCAGGAGCCAUUCGCGACGAUCGUCCACAGCGAUUAUUGGGUCAACAACACGAUGCUGAAGUUCGAGAAUGGCAGGCCGAUCGCUAACGCCAUCGUCGACUUCCAGCUGAUCGUUUACGGUAAUCCGGCGCACGAUUUACUGUUCUUCAUCUACUCCAGCUUGAACAACCACAUCAUCGACGAGAACUACCAGAGGCUCGUCGACCUCUACUACGACACCUUCAUCCGAGUGCUGGAAGAUCUCAAGGUCGACACCACGCCGUUCGGUUACGAUGUUUUCCUGAAGCAGAUCGAGUUCGCAGCCACCGAACUUCAAUUCUACCACAUUAUGUUCAUGCUGAAACCAAUCUUCACCGACAAAAAGAAAGUCAAACAGCUGAGCGAUAUAAACGAGAACGAAAUGUCCAACACCGACGACAUCUCCGAGAUGUACUAUCCGAAACUGUGGAGCACAAUCCUAGAUUUCGCCAAGAGAAACUGGAUAUAAAAUUUUAAAUUAUUUACAAACACAAAAAAUCUAUUUAUAUCUAUU